ACUGUCCCAUUAGAUCUUUGCUAAAGGAACAAUGAAACUCGUCCUCUCUUAACUGCUUUCAGGCUCCGACUACAGUACUGUACAUGAAAUAUAUUACAGUUCGUGGGUGAGGUGCCGUCUUCAGAUGCUCCGCGGACCGUCCAACUCCAGCGCGCUUUGUGAAGCGUCCUCGUCAUAACAUGCGCAGUUCACAAAACCAAACCCACAACGAAGCCCCAGAUAAGUGCCGCGAGCGUCCCUGUUGCCCUUCCCGCACUCACGAACUGAGAGAGUUCCCCGGCGCUCUGAGGGUCGUUGUCCGCCAUCCCUUCUUCUUCCCCGCUGUGAACUGCCGCCGCCUCGACCCUUGCCUUUCCGCUCUUUACUCCUCAAAUUGCCGCCAGUGACAGGGACCGCUGCGGCUACCUGCCUGAUUGGCUGCCAAAGGGAAAAGAUUGCAACUGCGGUGAGAAAAAAAAACUUGUCUGUUGCCAUGUAACUCAGUUAGUGCCUUGAGUCCCAUAGGCCUGGCUGAAACAUGGACCAAAGAUCAUAGAAGAAAAUAGCAGUCUUUGGUCCACGUUUGUGUCGGGCAGUGAAGACAAAAGAUGAGAGGAAGAAGUUGAGGACUGGCAAAUGAAUUGUGAGAACAGCAACAAAUGGCAAUGGAAGGACAGGAAAGAGGGAACUAGGAAACUUCAGGAAAUUCCACAUUAGUCAAGGAAAACCAACACUACCAAACACUUUUAAGAGACUGGCAAAAAAAUAUGCCCGUUCUUGAAAAUACAAAGAACCACAUCAUUUCCUCCCGUGGGCUUCUUCAAAGGCAUCACGGAACCGUCGCCUACUAGGACCCAGAAACCACGGGGCCAGGAGCGGGACGGUUCUUUUCAUUGACGGAGGUGCUUCUGGCUAUCGUGAUGUCACAGAGGCAGGGCUGCUGCUUUUACUGCCGAAUGUUGCUUCUGCUUAUUGUCGCCAGUCGCUGAGAGAGGUACAAGCCGCUUCAGAUGUUGUAGCGGCGGCAAAAGAGAAAACACAGCUGCAUAGUGGCGUAAACGGAAGCCGCAUCGGGCAGGUUUCGUGGGCGGGGGGGCGCUCCAGCAGCAACCCGCAGGAAGAGGAAAUGCGAGGAUUUCGUUCAAAGGGGCCCUCGGCGGCGUAACCCUUCCUGGUAAGGGGAGACGAGAGCCAAGGGCUGCAUAAAGAAUGACACAUGACCCGUGGGAAGAUUGAUUAGAUAUGAAUGAACACCCAUAAAGCCUGAGGAAGAAGGAAAAGGGGAUUCCCCUUUUCAGCAGCUGCCCUGAUGCUAAGGGACUUCAUCUUGUCCAUCAUGGAAGCAGAUGGCUGGGAAUGGCUAGUGGCUCCGAUUCAGCAGCUGAUCUCUUGGGGUGCAUCUGCAGCCAUGGUGUUUGGAGGUGUGGUGCCAUACAUCCCGCAAUACCGAGAUAUUAAAAGAACACAGAAUGCAGAGGGCUUUUCAACCUACGUGUGUUUAGUAUUAUUAGUUGCAAACAUUUUAAGAAUACUCUUCUGGUUUGGGAGACGUUUUGAAUCCCCCUUACUGUUGCAGAGUGUAAUAAUGAUAAUUACAAUGUUGCUGAUGCUGAAACUGUGCACUGAAGUCCGUGUGACAAAUGAACUGAAUAUAAAACGGCGCUCCUUUUCAGCUGCAGAUAGUAAGGAUGAAGAAAUCAAAACACCUCCCAAGAGAUCCUUUCUGGAUUUUGACUUGAACUAUUUCUGGCACUGGAACAAGUUUACAGAUUAUGUGCAGUGUGUUCUGGCUUUCACUGGAGUCACAGGAUACAUCACUUACCUGUCUCUUGACUCAAUUAUCUUUGUUGAAACACUGGGCUUCCUUGCUGUGUUCACUGAAGCUAUGCUGGGAAUCCCACAGCUAUACCGUAACUAUCAGAAUAGGUCAACUGAAGGAAUGAGUGUCAAGAUGGUGCUGAUGUGGACCAGUGGUGACAGCUUCAAGACCAUGUACUUCCUUAUAAACCAGGCUCCCUUACAGUUCUCUGUCUGUGGACUUCUACAGGUCUUUGUGGAUAUGGCCAUCCUGUUGCAGGUUUACUUCUACAGCUGCUACCCACAGAAGCCAGCUUCACACACGACACACCCAGCCAGUACAAAGGCACUCUAAAGCACAAGGUGGAGGCAGCUACAGUAUAAGUCAAUGUCUCAGCUAUAAGUCAAAAUCCACUUGUAAAUACUGUGUUUCUGAUGGGGUGCAAAUAGAAGAAUCAGAUGAAAACUGAUAAGGGUAUCGUACCUAGAACUGUUUUUAAUGAUUUGCUUUCCUUGUAUUGCAGACCCAUUGGAAUGGAUUUUCCUUUUGGGGGUGCAUGCGAGGGUUUCUUCAAAAUAUCUAUAUAAGUCUUAUUCACUUAUCACUCUUUGUAUAUAUGUGCUUGUGUGAGUGUGUGUAUGUGCAUCUACAUAAGGGCUGGGUGUUAAUCUUUUUCAGUGCUAUUUAAAAAAAGGUCAGUCACAAGAAUCAGAGUAUUUUGUUUGAAGCUUUCACCUAUUUAUAUAAAAUGUUUAUGGGUAGUACUUUUGGAGUAUCUGUUAUAUUUCAGAUAUGGCUGAUGAAGGCAAUGCAUUCAUUAGCAGAAAUGUAAAAUUGUUUCUUCAAAUGGUGGGAGAGGCUGCAGCUAGGAAGAGGGGUGAUGAAUUAUGUAAAGAAAAAUAUAUUUUACUCAGUGUAAAUGUGUUAAGUAAAGAUUUAAAUGCACACUGCUGGACCAGUGUGACCAAUGAAAAGAUCCACACAAAGAGUAAUUGUGGAGUGGGUGAUUCUAUGGCCAAAUGAAAAGAUUACAAAUCAUAAGGUAAAUUGGUGGUGUAAAAAAAGAAGGGGAGGAAGGAAUCUAAUAUAAUGCAGUAGCAGGCUUGUUUCUGAAAUGACUGCAGUCAUUGGAAGUCUGAGGAGAAAUGCCUAGCAGGUUGAGCAAUCCUGUAGAGGCAUUGCCAAAAGAACCAAUGAAGGAUUUAUAACAGUAGCCAUUUGGAAGUGAUAAAGCCAGAAAGAACACCAGUGUGUAGCGUAGGCCUUAAUCUGCACCUUUGUGCCCGUGUAGUUGUUUGGUGGAGAAGCCAGUAGCAUUGCAUAGCUGUGUCAUCCCAGUCUGGGCACAGUGAAAUGCCUUGUGAUGUAAAGUCUUAAGCUGCCCUGACAGUGGGAGCACUCUCAGUAUAACUGCACUUAAGCUUAAAAAAAAAAACACCUGGGGGCAGGGGGUUCUACUCCAAGAAAGAAAAGGUAGAUUAGGCUAGGAAAGAGCCAUUUUGAAAAAGAAAAGCAAUAGUGAUGAAUAGCAAGAGCAGGGCUCUUUUCUAUAAAGAAACUUGAAACUUGAUAUUUUCCUGAGUAUUAUUUAAUGCUAAAUGGGGCCAUUUUGAAUUCUGGGAAAAAUAUUUGCAUUAGCCAAAUACUGAGGAAGGAGAAAAAUCUAACAGUAUUUCAUCUUGCAGGUUGGUUCAUUUCAGCAAGCUUCAUGGCAAGUAAUUGAGAUGAUGAGAGAGUGAGAUGCAGGUGAGGAUACGUGUUAUCUACAUGCAGUGUAGAUGAAGAAAAGGGAAGAUCUGUACAUAAAGCAUGUUCAUCAGUUUCAGACUUGCCUAUGUCCUUUACUGAGGACUUGGGCUAAAACGUAAGAACUGUACAGCUUGAUCUGUUCAAUUUUUCAAGCCUCUUGCUUUUGGCCAUUUGCCAAGAAGAGCUUGCUUUGACCCUGUGAGGUAAAUAUGCGGUCAUGCAGUGCUUCAGGAACUGUUCUAUUCUCUUAACAAUCUAUGGUUGUUCAGAAACAUAUAUUCUUUGCUGCUAGAUGAAUCCUGCUAGGGAAUAGCAUUUUAAGUCAGCAAUAGACACCUGUUAAAUUGUUGCUUUCAUUACCUAAAAGUGUUCCAAAGAAUAAGUGAACUUUGUACACCUGCAAGUCUGAUCUACAAAAGCUGUUUUCAACUGGCCAUCUUCCUUGUUUGAAGUAUUUGCCUGCACCAUAUCUACUCUGUGCUGAAGGGACAGCAAACUUUCACCAUCGCUAUCAGUUUUUUAAAGAAAAAGAAUUAUUUGCCUUCUGCACUUGUACAUUUGCUUUCUAAAUCCUUCAUCUGUCAAGUUCAGAAAAACCUCAAACUGGCUGGACUUCCUUUUCUGCAAGUUAGACCCUCCAUGCCUGAGAAGCAAAUUGUGCCAAUGUGGCAGCUGAAUGCACAGGAAAUCAGCCUGUCCUUUAAAAAAAAAAAAAGGAAAGGAGGGGGGAAGGCUGCUUCCAUUCUGCAGUGGCUGUAGUGGAUCUCUCCCUGGCUGGCUGGCAUACAAACAAAACCUCAGGAAAGCUGCUUUAUUGAGACCUUGGUGUGAAACGCUUACUGACUUCAUGCUACUGAUUGGCUCCCAUGCUAUUCCCUUAUGCCUGAAGUGACCUUACCAAGCUGAUAUUAUGUGGCAUGGCAGAAUAUGAAUGUUUAAUUGCUCUCCCUUUCACAGAUGUUCUGGCUGUGUUAGAACUUCUGGGCAUUUGUCUUUUAAAUUAUGAAUUUCCACCAUAGUUCUGUUUCCUUCAUAUGCUGCUGUAAAGAGGAUUGUAUUUCUACGUGUACAACAAGAUUUCAUACAAUAACUUGGAAUGCUAUGCUUUAUUUUUAUAUGAGGCAGUCUCUCUCUCUCUCUCUCUCUCUCUCUCUCUCCAUUGUUCUUUGAAAAGGGGCUCAGGACUAAGCUAGUGUGUGUUAGCGUAGCCUGUGCAUAUCCCCAAUGCCUUUUUGUAUAAUAUGUACUAUUGAAGGUAAAAUUGGUAAUAUUUCCCAUUUUCUACUUCUAGGAUGCUGUGCACAGAUAUGGUCUUGGAUCUGUUAAAUUGUUAACUAUCUGCUGUAAUACCCUCAAAAUAAAAAUAUUUCCUUCAUGCCAAAGCUGCAAAUGCCAGAAAAACAGUCAAUAGAGUUGUGUCUAAAAGCACUACUUUUAUCUGUUGCAUUUAAAAAGCAGCUGUGGACUCACCUGAAUUCCACAUUGCAAGGUAUUUAGAGAAAGGCUGUUUUAAGGCAUGCCACUUACCAGCAUCAGCAGAUUCCUGUGGGAUCACAGCCGUCUCAGUUGUCUUACAGACAUUCUCCCAGGUGUGCAGGAACUACUAGUCUUUGAACAGCUUCCUUAUUACUGGGUGAAUGUUUAAAUGACCCAAUGCUAGUUCUGUAGGCAAGAACCCUGUGGCCCUCGUCACACGGUUGGAGUAUUCUCCAAGCUACAGGUUAACUGCUUAAAGUACAGCUCCCACAUACCUGGGCUGGGGAAAUAUCUAAAGGGCACCUCAGUGGUCAGUGAAUCACUUCCUUUAAAAAACUACAGAUCUUUCUACAUGUAAAGGAAUCUGUGUAACAGUGAUCACAUCAGAGUUUAGCCAUUAAGUAAAUUUUAAAUGCAUCUUUCUGCUAAAUGUAUGGAGUAUCUCAGUGACACUCACAUUGAUUUAUCAGUUGUAUUGGGUUUUUUUUUUAAAAAAAUAAACCAAUCAGUUAUGCACACAAUCACUAUUUG